GACAGUAGAGAAGGCCAUGGAUAGUCAUAUUGGAACAGGAAUGGGCUGUUGAAUUGAAACUAGUGGCCACCGGGAGAUGUCACCGUGGCGGACGAGCGUACAGAUGGGCAGCAAUGAGACCAAAUGAAGGUGUGACGAGAGGCGUUAAAUGUACAGAAACCAGGACGGAAUGCACACAGACCCCACUGCUGCAGCUGACAACACAGGCAUGAAGGGCCAAAUAUCCUCCUUCCAUGACGUAAAUUUUCUGUGGUGUCAGAUCUCUUAUUGGCAUGUUGGAAAACACUAUCCAAGUGUUUCUUAAUGCAGUGACUCCAGCUGAACCUGUGUGAUGCCAAAUAAACAAAUCAAGUCAUGAUGACAGUUCUGCCAAGUUGUAUGAAAGAAAUCCUUGUUUCAUGACCUGGUAUCUGAAUGGAUGAAGGAUGAAGAAGCUUCAGAAUUCUUGAGUACCAAGCAAAGUAUCGUAGAAGCGCAGAGAACCUCCUCAACGAAACAGACUGUGGGGAACAGAUCUGAGCCAUGGACUCACUUAAUAAUAGAGGUUCAGCUAAAAGGAGAAUCAUGCAGGCACAUUCUAAACCUGUGGAUGGUUUUAGUGAUACGUCAAGUGCUGGGAGCAUUUUGGACGAAGCAGAUAGAGAAGUAAGUAGUCUUACGGAACGUGCUUUCAAGAGCUUGUGUGUUGUAGAAGAAGGCUCGUGCAAUGAGUUUGAGGUGCACAGAUCACCACUGGCUGUCGGUGUGAAUCAUGCUGCUCCAGCCCCAGAAGGGAAAAAGUAUUCUGGAGGCAAACUGAAAAACUGUAAUGUGUCACCUAAAGUCACCAAGAAUCAGGCAAAAGAGUUGCCAGAGACAUUCCAAGAAUCAACAGGACAAUAUUCUGUUGGAGAAGAGAAAGCUGGCAUGGGAAAUGGCUUCCUAAUUGAAGCUAAUGAGAAAAACCAGCAGAAAUCAAAAGUUGGAGCUUUUCAUCAAUGUGACAGAAAUUUCACUGGGACUGUUGGGGUCAAUGCAAAGCCAUCUUCACACUUUGAGCCACCUGGGGAAGACGCCAUUAAAGACAUUGCGCAGUUCGACCCGUCAGCCAUCAUCAGCUUGCACAGAGAGAAAUCCAGCUUUUCUGCUGCUUGUCAGGAGAAUUAUUGGGUAACUAAAAAACAUGUUGCUCAAGAGAAAGGCAGCAAAACCAAUACUUUAGGAUAUCUGAAAUCCUCCCAAUAUCGAAAACCUACUGACUUCAAGACUCUUCACGACUCCAAUAAAAAAUUGGAUAAAGCCCUGUCUGAAAAAGUCAGCAGGCUGAAGAAGUUGGAUACAAAGAACAGUUUCCUUCACAGUGAAUGCAGUGCAUUCAAAUCCUGGCAGGAUCACAGCAAGUCUCUGUUUAAAGAGGAUGCUUCCAUUCAAACACAGAACCCCAAUGUCCACCUGAAAGCUUCUGACGAAGGUACCAUCGCUGAGAAACAAGCUCCUUCAUUAGUGCAGGCAAAGUCUCUUAACAAAGUCAAAGAAACUGAGAUGCAGCAUCCAGUCAGUCGUUCACCCUGUAAUAGAGACAUAGAACCCCAUGUACCUGUGGCUGAAGAAAAUCUCCACACUGUCAAAGGAAACCAGUAUCAGGGUGGUAGUCCUCAGAUGGUUAGAUCUGAAGAGGGCAGUGGUGGCAUGGUAGAAAAUGGGGUUGAGGAGAAAGGUUUUCAGCUGUGGAGGAACUCAAGGUAUCCAAGAAACAAAAUGCAAAUGGAGGCUGAGUCAGUGGGUGUGGAAGAACCGACAACGAAAGGUCCACCCAUGGCUGAACCAGUUGCUCGUGGGGAAAGCCCUUCCUUCAGCAUUUCAAAGCUCCUGACACCAAACAUUGUCCACGGUACAAAUGAAGCAGAACCACACAGAAACCAGCCCACCGAGGUGACACCUCCCUUCACUCAGCCAUGCACCAAUCAGGGCGAUGAGAUCAAAGGUGACAACCAGACUCUUUUAGGCUAUAAAUCCAAAGCAUCAAAUCUGAUGUACAGUCUGAAGGAUGUCAGGAAACGGGUAAAAUCCACCUACUCACCAGCUGUUGCUCCACAGAACCUGUCAGAGCCUGGAAAAGCCAGGUUCUAUCUCUAUCAAAGCACCCAGCAGACCAGCACAAGAACAUCUUCCGCUCCUGUUCAGCUGGCCAUCCAGGAAAACUGUGCGACUGAUGCCAGUGAUCAGGGGAAGGUUGGCAGGGUGCCCAGUGUUGCAGAUGCAAGACCUCCUGCUGAUGGUCUCAAAGUUGUCAUGGUUCCCAAAGGCGAGCUGGACAUGGGGAAGAAUGAUAACUAUCUGAACCUGCCAUCACCACAGACGGUUAAAGAAGGUGGGAGCUACCCCGUCUGGAGAACAAGAAGUUCCAGACCUCAGUCGGCCAUGACAGCGUCAGAGAUUCAUGCAGGAAGAAGUCCGCACAGAAGGGCUUCACAUCAGCUGAAUAAACCGAAGACAGAUCUUCCCACGACAACUUCACAGGACUUGCUGACUGCGAGUGGUAGCCCAGAGACAUCUCCAAUUGCGCAAGAAAGGGCAGAGAUGAGACGGAGUAAGCCUGAAUGUGACCCGGUCUGCCACUCAGAGAAAGAUGGUCGCACACACGAGAGGCACUCCAGAAGGCAGGAGGGAGCAUUGACGUCACAGCGGUCAGAGGAUGCUGGUCUCCCAACCACAGACCCGAGUGCAUCGAGCAUCCGAGGUUCUUCCCAUUCGAUAAGAGAAGACAGGACCAGGCAGGAUUUAAAGUUAUCCAGUCAGUCCUACAUUGACUUAGGUACCAGCAAGUCCCAGGUCCAGGAGUCACUAGCAGGUCACCACUCGAAGGAGCUGUGUCCUGGAAAUAAUGCCAAUGUUUUGAAGAGUCGCCCUGCAGCCGAAAAUGACAAAACCUUUGAAAGGAAUGAGUUAGAGUAUUACGCACUGAGUGAUCCAGCUACAAGCUCUGAAAGGGGAGGGGAGAAACAGGCCACACUGAUGACAUUUCAAAGUCAUUCCCCGCAGGAGAUAUUGAGAGGCCUGCCAGAGAAUAAAACAAAGGAGAAUGGUUCUGCAGUCAUGUGCGAAGAAAAGUUCUACAGUAUUUUCUCAAAACAGGAAGAAGACAGAUCAGGAAGUAACAUCCCAAGUUCCCCGCGACUUGGUCUGUUUAAAGCCAAGGAGAAUGUACUGAGAACAGCCUCAGGAGCAAAACCCACAAAGCUAACUCUGCCCAAAGGGGUGGGUGAAGAUGCUGAAACACCAACUACGCUUCCAUCAAAUGAAACCCCAGAAGGUGCCAAGCCUGACUCAGUUGAGAUGUGUUUGGCCAGUUCAGCCACUCCCAAUCCGAGGCCGGAAUCAACAUGCAGCCUGGAUUCAAAAGCAGCGGCAAAACCACCUGUUGUCCCUCCCAAGUCGGAGAAAGCACUGCGCCGGGCCAAAAAGCUGGCAACCAGGAGGAAAAGGUCAGAGAGCAAGCAGAGAUAUCAGAGCAGCGAGGGAGCAGAAAAUGAUGCUUCUCCAAGUGUGCCCAUGUCUCCCACAAGUGUGCCCACAUCACCGCUGCCCGCGAGUUGCUCUCCAGCUCCUCAACCGCCACUCACUCCGUGUGAUUUCCCUGCCCUUCCUGACAGCCUGGCAUUAGAUAGCGCUCAGUCCUUUACCCCUCUACAUUCAUUCCCAUUCAGCCAACAGAAAUUACUUCAAGAUCCCGAAACUGGUCAAUACUUUGUUGUAGAUAUUCCCAUCCAAGUGCAGCAGAAGACAUUGUACGAUCCAGAGACUGGGAAUUAUUUCCAAGUGUCCAUACCCUCGACAGGUCAAAAUACCACACUAGACUUUUUUAACACUUCCUAUGUGCUGUAUCCUGGAUUUCUGUCCUUCCCACUGACGUCGUCUCUUAGGGCCCCUUCCCAAAUGUCAGCUCCCGCAGUGCUCCUGGAGAUACAGAGGGAGGAGGAGUCUCUGAAUGAACGGACUAACUUUGAUCUGGGAUACACAGAGGAGCGAGAAAACCAGCCAUAUAUUGAGACACUAUAUGACUCUCACACAGGGAGCAGGGCAGCUAGUGAAAAGGAGUCGUGGUGUAGUGCGAUAAAUAGUCAGAUCCAACCAGAAGACCAUAACUUGGAAUUAAUAGUCAUGGGGGAUCUGGAGGAUAUUGCCAUAGAAAACGACUAACAUAGAGACAGUGAAGGCUGUGAAGGCCUUUGCUGGAGAGGAGUCUGGUGUCCAUUGAGCUACUCAGAAGUUACAUACGGAGGCGUCCAUACACGUGCUGCUUUGUAUUGUGGUUCCUAACCCUUAAGAUGUUAAAUUAGAUGUGGCAUCAAAGAUUGGAAAGUGAAAUAAAGAGACAAAAGUUGUGUAAAAAACGUAUUGGUUCUUAAUGACGAAGGGAGAGCAGUU